GGUUCGGUGGGGAUCGAACCCGCUCGUGUGGAGCAGCACUAACACCACCACCAUCAUUCAUUCAGUGAUUGUUUACCUCAGGACCGAACAUGGCCUCCGAGUGCAGCAACACCCACACCACGGAGAAAGAGGAGCAGCAGGAGCAGCAGGACGCCGGGGAGGAAUUUGACCGGCUGUUGCAGCAGAUCGGGGGCAGACAGAACGUGUACCUGGUCGGGGACGCGGAGGGCGAGAGCACCGGGGAGCUCUUCCAGGAGUUUAUCGUGGACAUGUUCGACACACGCGUGGAAAUCAAGUUUCACAGCCACACGAGCUCGAGUAACGGGGACUCGAAGUCUGCAGGCACCCAGAGCUGCCCACGGUCCUGCCCCGACAGUGCCAACGUGGACAAACAAGCGGCGGAACUGAAGGUCACCACAGUCCGACAGAACGGGCACAGCGGGCACAGAUCCCGCACCAUCCACUGCUCCGUCAUCAUCUUCAUCUUCAGACAUUCAUUCAUUCAUAACAAGGCUAAGCGAGUGUGUAUGGAGGAGAUCCUGAGGGACGUACAGGUUCGAAUGAAGAAGGCCCGGGGGGUUCGGCAGGCCGUACUCGGUCUGGUUCGUGCCGAUGCCGAGAACUCAGAGACCCGUGAAUCCGUGGUGCUGCUGAUGGAAACGCUCAGAUCUGUGUUCAUCAAGCGGUCACGAGACUCGGUGUGGGCCGGUCAUUUCAUUCCUAAAGCUCCGGAGAGCGUGAGGAACAUCAAGAGGAACGUGUGCAGCGCCGUACAAGCCUCUCAGAACUCAGACAAUCACCCGAGCAGGAAGCGCCGUGUCCUCUGGCCUCCCCACCGCUGGUUUAGUCGAGGACGUCGAGACGGGCGACCCGGCACGGGCGCAAACUCACCGACACAGAAAGCCGGAACAGAAGAAGGAAUUCCACUACAGAGCAGAUCGGAGCCACAAUCAUGACGCCGGGUUUAAUACGGGACAGUGUGAGCUGUGAAGUACGCUGGCGGAAUACUGCCGGAUCUGUUAACUGUAUUUGAGAAGAACUGAAGGACCGUGAGGAUAUGAAGUCGCUGCUGCUGCUGCUACACUGUGAUUAAACACUUCAGACUGAACGUCCACCACCUUUAGUGUUCCUCCAGACACCGUUCCUUCGGACCAAACCGUCAUUCGGAUGUUAAUCACCAGUAAUGCCUUGUUUUCAACCAGAUUCUAUUAAACUUUCAUUUUGCA